UACUCGGAGUAAAACUUCUUCUAAUCGUCUUCAAAAACCAAAACCUUCGUCUAAUCGAAUAUGUCAAUUGCCGGAAGAUGUAAAGCACAGAAUUCUGGAGUGCUUAAGCACUCGAGAGGCUGCCAGGACUGCUCUUCUCUCAACUCAAUGGCGUGAUGUUUGGUUGCGGCACGGUCGGCUUGUCUUUGACUGGAAAUUGGGAGAACGCUCGAAUUUGGUGAAAAUGAUAAGUAACGUUCUUUUUCUCCGUUGUGGACCGGUUAAGAAAUUUCAGCUGCAGACUUUCAGCAGUGAAUGUACUCCUCAGAAAUCCGAUUUAGAUCUGUGGUGUCUCUUUCUAUCAAGAAAUGGUAUCGAGAAACUUCAACUCUGUAUGGAGCUUGACGAAAACCUUCCGGAGUACACACUCCCAUUCUGCCUAAUUUCUUGUCCUACGAUUAAGAAUCUAGAACUUGAGCAUGUGGAUUUUUAUUUCCCGGUUAAUGCUGGACGAGAUAAUAUAUUUCCGAGCCUCACCUCUUUAAUAUUCAGGACUGUUGUGUUUAACCCUAAUGCUAAUAGAAUUCUACUUACCAUUCCUAAUCUGGAAGAGCUGGUGUUUGAGAAUUGUGUUGACAUUCAUUAUUUUGCAAUCAGUGCUCCAAGGCUUAAAAGCCUCACUUUGACUUAUGCUUCAACCUUUAAUGAAUGGCAGUGGUUUGAACUUCAUGCUCCAGUGAUUAAGACUCUUCACUUUUCUGCAUGUACGUUUGGGGGAAAACAUGAUGAUGAAUUAGAUAUGCAAGAGAUCAGGAUCCCAAUGAUCCCAAUUGCAGUAAAUCUGUAAGUGAUUACGCUGGACGAGUUAUGUUUUUGUUUCCUGGAGCCCCUUGCUCUUGUGAUUCAACUUCUUCAAAAAUCUCCGAAGCUCUCCCAACUGGAAGUUGAGACAGCACAUGAGUCAUGGUCGAGGGAUUAUUGUCCAAGUAUUCUGGAAAAACGAGACACAUGGUUUAGUGAUCAACAUCUGUGCAAGCUUAAAACACUUCAGGUGAAAGAAUUUAGAGGAUCAAGAACACAAAUGCACUUAAUCAAAAUAAUCCUUUCAGCGUCUCCCGCGCUUGAGGAAGUUGUUAUUAUGAAAUCGAAAAAUUAUCCGCUAGAUUUGUCUGAGGCUCUCGAAAUCACAACAAAGAUGAUCAGAUUCCCUCGCGCGUCUCCAAAAGCACAAGUUAUCAUCCUGGACACCAAAUGAAGCUACACCAGACUGGCUGAUUUGUUACUGAACAUUAUUAGGCUCUUUGCUCCUAGGGUUCUGAUUGUGCAUAUAAAGAGCACAGAAUUUUGAUCACUUGUUAGUUGUGAUGUUAUUGAUCACUUGUUAGUUGUGAUGUUAGAUAAUUGGGUUGUAUCUAGUAUUCUCCAUUCUCAUUUUGUGACUGAAAGUUUCUCAGAUUUUAUUUCAUGGUUGAAACUUGAAACUUAUGUUCUCUGAAUU